AUGUUUAGUUUACAUGAUCUUCAUUGGAUCGCUGCAAUACUGAAUCCACGUACACAUGCUAAUUGUCUAGUUAAAGCUGAGAUAGCUAAAAUUAUUGAAACGCAUCAAAUCGAUUAUAAUUCUCCACUACCAUCUUCAGGAAACGCUAGCUCUUCAUCACCAUCUCGAAAGAAAUUCAAAUCAUACACAACACAAUUUGACGAUGAAGCAGAUUUUGAUAAAGGAACCAAUAAUAUGACAACUGUAAAACGUGUGCGUCGUGAAUUAGAAAUUUAG